UGGCCGCGGUGCGGCGUCAGCGACAGCGGCGGCGGCGGCGGCGGCGGCGGCGGGGCGGCCCGCGCGGGGGUUUAUGUCGGGGCGCCGCGUCUCCCAGCAGCAUGGCGGACUACCUGAUCAGCGGCGGCACCGGCUACGUGCCCGAGGACGGGCUCACCGCGCAGCAGCUCUUCGCCAACGCCGACGGCCUCACCUACAACGACUUCCUGAUUCUCCCAGGCUUCAUUGACUUUGUGGCUGACGAGGUGGAUCUGACCUCGGCCCUGACCCGGAAGAUCACGCUGAAGACGCCGCUUAUCUCCUCCCCCAUGGACACUGUGACAGAGGCCGACAUGGCCAUCGCCAUGGCCCUGAUGGGCGGCAUCGGAUUCAUCCACCACAACUGCACUCCGGAGUUCCAGGCCAACGAGGUGCGCAAGGUCAAGAAGUUCGAGCAGGGCUUCAUCACGGACCCCGUGGUGCUGAGUCCCUCGCACACCGUGGGUGACGUGCUGGAGGCCAAGCUGCGCCACGGUUUCUCGGGCAUCCCCGUCACCGAGAGGGGCACCAUGGGCAGCAAGCUGGUGGGCAUCGUCACCUCCCGGGACAUCGACUUCCUGGCUGAAAAGGACCAUACCACCCUCCUCAGCGAGGUGAUGACGCUGCGGACUGAGCUGGUGGUGGCCCCGGCAGGUGUGACAUUGAAAGAGGCCAAUGAGAUCCUGCAGCGCAGCAAGAAAGGGAAGCUGCCCAUCGUCAAUGAUCGGGACGAGCUCGUGGCCAUCAUCGCCCGCACGGAUCUCAAGAAGAACCGGGACUACCCACUGGCCUCUAAGGAUGCCCACAAGCAGCUGCUGUGCGGGGCGGCCGUGGGCACCCGCGAGGAUGACAAGUACCGCCUGGAUCUGCUCACCCAGGCUGGUGCUGACGUCAUAGUGCUGGACUCAUCCCAGGGGAACUCCGUGUACCAGAUCGCCAUGGUGCAUUACAUUAAGCAGAAGUACCCCCACCUCCAGGUGAUUGGGGGGAAUGUGGUGACGGCCGCACAGGCCAAGAACCUGAUUGACGCGGGUGUGGACGGGCUGCGCGUGGGCAUGGGCUGUGGCUCCAUCUGCAUCACCCAGGAAGUGAUGGCCUGUGGUCGCCCCCAGGGCACCGCCGUGUACAAGGUGGCUGAGUACGCCCGGCGCUUCGGGGUGCCCGUCAUCGCUGACGGUGGCAUCCAGACGGUGGGACACGUGGUCAAGGCCCUGGCCCUGGGGGCCUCCACAGUGAUGAUGGGCUCACUGCUGGCCGCCACCACCGAGGCCCCCGGCGAGUACUUCUUCUCCGAUGGGGUCCGGCUCAAGAAGUACCGCGGCAUGGGCUCGCUGGACGCCAUGGAGAAGAGCAACAGCAGCCAGAAGCGAUACUUCAGCGAGGGGGACAAGGUGAAGAUCGCCCAGGGCGUGUCGGGCUCCAUCCAGGACAAAGGCUCCAUUCAGAAGUUCGUGCCCUACCUCAUCGCGGGCAUCCAGCACGGCUGCCAGGACAUCGGUGCCCGGAGCCUGUCGGUCCUGCGGUCCAUGAUGUACUCAGGGGAGCUCAAGUUCGAGAAGCGGACCAUGUCAGCGCAGAUCGAGGGCGGCGUGCACGGGCUGCACUCCUAUACCUUUGUGCCGUUUACGAGAAGCGGCUGUACUGAGGACGCUGGCGGAGGCCGAGGCGGGGGCGCGGGCGCACCCCAGGGGCCCUCCCCGGGCACCGCCUCCCUCCGGAACUGAGCUGAGCAGUGGCCGGUCUGCGGAUUUGCACUAAGGGAUUCCCCAGCUCCUCCCUCAGAGGUGGGAGGGAGAGGAAAGGAGGUCCGAGGGGUCUGUGGCCUCUCCGCGGGCACCCCCACCGCCCCAUCACUCACACACAGUCCAAAUGGUUCCCCGGGCCUGCUCGCCGCUCCCCGGGGGACCCCCGGAGCGCCCCCACGGGGAGCCAGCCCAGCCCGCCUGGGCUCUCAGGCCCCCCGUGCCCGUCUCAGGUUUCUCUCGCUGCAGCCUGCUCAGCCGGCUCCCACCUCCGGGCCAGGCGGGCCCUCCUGGCUUCUGCAGGGGGGGCCCCCCUCCUCACCCCGGAAAUGGUGCUCUCCCGGCCCGGCCUGGCCUCUGCCCCUCCAGCCAUGUGGCACGUCUGGGCUGCUGACCUAGGUCACAGGGAGGUCUCUGCCCCCUUCCCCAGCCCUAGGGAGCUGCUCCUUGGGCCCCGGCCCCGGGAAGAAGGCUGCCCACUGCCCUCCCCCGGGUGUCCCCAGGUGUCCUGGUCCUGCCCUGCCCCCACCCCCCACCCAGCUGCAGUCGAAGGCUUUAACUUUGCACACUUGGGAGUCACAGUUGCAUCAUUGUAUAUUAAAUAAGAGAAUAAACCCGA